CCGCGUGGAAAAGGGUUAAGGGGAUACAACUCUUGAUAAAGUCACGAGAGGCAACCCACGGACGUAUAAUCAUUUAGUUCGUGGGCAACAAAAUAAAGCUGCUGCUUGGCUUACAGCUACUCGCAUGGUUAUUAAGAUUUUGUCCAUCCAACCAUGUCCAUCAACUGCUCUUUCAGCAUUCCAGUCUCAGAUGUGUACUUUUCAGAGAUAUUACUGUGGGAGAAAAUUGCAGUUGGGAUAUGUGUAGCAAUGUGCCUGGGAGUUCUGGGGCUCUUCAUUGACAAGGCAUAUUUUUUUAUCAGUCAUUACCACACAAGCAAUCCUCAAAUCAAGAUAAAGUGCCUUUGGCUUGUUGGUAUCUAUCCUAUUUUUGCAGUUGCUGCACUUCUGGCUAUUUUUGUGCCAAGAGCAGCCCUACUGUGUGACCUUGUCUCCUCUGUUUAUCUUGCAGUGUGUCUGGUCCACUUCAACUCCCUUAUCAUCCUGUACAGUGGAGGAGCACAGAAACUUCUAGAGAAGGUGAAAAACACUGGAUUCAACCUACGGACCCCACCCUGUUGUUGCUGUUGUUUCUGUUGUCCUACUAUAGAUGCAACUGGCACUAAUCUGAAAAAGAUGCAGCUAAUGGUGCUUCAGACAUCAUUUUUGCAGCCUUUCAUUUCCUUUGUAACCAUAGUACUUUGGCUGGACGAGAAGUACAUUGUGGGAGAGAUAUCCUUUAUGAAACCCUACUUAUAUCUUGCCAUAGCAAAUGCCGUGUCAACGUUAGUGGCUAUGUACGGGCUUUUGGUACUUUUUCAAAGUGUCCGUAUCUUUCUUAAAAGGCACAGCAUAGCACAGAAAUUUAUGGUGCUUCAGCUAGUGCUUAUCUUUCACAACCUGCAAGGAUUUAUUUUUGAGACACUUGCCAAGAAAAAUAUUCCAUCUUCCAAUGGCUGUCUGUCGUCCACUGUGCGCAGUAAAGCCUUACAACACAUGAUUUUGGUGGCAGAGAUGUUUCUUCUAGCUUUUAUGGCACGGAUCUUGUACCGCAAGCCUCACACUGAAGAGUUUGACCUCGAGAAUGAUGACUCAGAUUUGGACAAGAGUCUUUUGUCCACUGAUAACGGCUGGAGAAGAACUCAGGGACCAGCCCGUGAAGGGUAUGAACGGUUGCCAGGACACUCAUUUGAAGAACACAAAACAUCAUGACUUCACUUCUGCUCUACGAAACUUCAGUCUUGAAUUAUACACAGAUGAGCUUAUUAUUUAGUCCUCUGUUGUGAAAAUUAUUAUUGCUGAUUUAUUCAGAACAAUAACUGAUACCUAAGGGAAGAGUUUUCAAACACGUAUACGAAGAAAUCCCAUUUUCUCGCCAUGACCUACGCCUCUUUUCAUUACUUCUAUAACUAGAAUAAUUUAACUUUUUUUCUUUUAAUAGAGACUCUUGUGUCUUCCAUGACCAAAGAUUAAUGAGAGAAAGUGUGAUGCACUGUCCUGAGUAUAUAUUAUAGUGCUUGUGACCAUUAUUAUUCUUAUGUCUGUUUAUAUUUUAAAUGCCUUGAGUCUGGCUCUUGCUGGAAAAAGGAGCUAUCUAAAUACACUGGCAUCUGGCUUUUGAGAUGGUAUUAACUUGCUUCAUGUCUGUGAAUCUGCAUUUCUGAUGAAGCCAGCUAGCUGUAGCCUCUUAAGACUCCAGCAUGUUUCAUCCCUACAGACAAGAAUGCGCUGUACAACUGACUUUGAUUAUAUAUUGUUGAUCUGUUGAUGAAGAGCCUAUCUUUUAUAAUGCCUUAUACAAUCUGUUACAAACUGUGAUUAGCUGAUCACCUUUGCCCUUGGCUUUUUUAAGAGUGGUUGCAGUUACUGCAGGAUGUUAUUCUCCUGUUUUCAGUUUUACACUUUUAUUCUUUUGCAUCUAAAUUUUGUACAGUUGUUCUUUCUCUUUGAAGAGCACAUUGCUGUCAAAAUAAAUGUACUCUUCAUGAGUAUCCAAGUACAAUCUCAAAGUUUUAUUUGGUUAUGAGGAUUUUAUUUUGGUUAUGAGGAUCGGAUAAACAUAGGUUUCCAUAGGUUUCAUACAAAACCAAAAUCCAUCAUCACACUUUGUUAUAUUUAUAAGAUUCUCUAAUACUAUUAGAGCUGUUAUAUGAAGUGUGUGAGUGUAUUUUUUACGGGACGUAGCCUGUUGUCAUGGAUUGUUUCUGCAGUGACAUACCUGACUCCUAGCAUUGAAGUCAGUCUUUGAUGAAAUAGCCUUAUCUCUUGAAUCUGUCGACUGUAAUAUGAAAACCAGGAAACGUUUUGAAAGCGUGUCACGUCGACAAUCUACACGCCACUCCUUCCCAAGUUUUCAUCUAAACACCUCAUUUCCCGCCCAGGUGAUCGCUGCACGCCCACCUGGGGUUUUGGUCAUCACCGCUUCACUUCAGAGACAAACACGACUGUGUGCUGCCAUGUUUACCACCGCUGUGUGUGCUUCUUGACUGCCGCUGAAACUGCGCCGCAUGCACACGACUCACAGUCGCAUAACCGCAUAAAUCUUGGAAAUGAACCAGUUUCCGCACAUCACCAUUAGGGUAAUCCUUACCUGGGAGGCAGCUGCAGGAACGAUCGAAAAUAUGGCCUUUCCGUUGUGUCCCUUGGUUGUCGUUGGUUGUAGCGAUGGAAACAAGAGACUGUAGUCACCCGGGAAUGCACCGUAAACCGGGUAGAGAAAGCGAGAAAGCUGGGAUCCCGCACUUCUCAGAAAGAGGACCGCAUCCACAGAUGACCAGGGCCGUUGUUAGACCGGGUGGUGAAGUGAAACUUUGCCCCGGCGAUCACGUGGGGACACCAGGCUCUUGCCUUCGAAGUUGCGAAGCGGUGUGCAGACUCCACAAACAUUGUUUUCUGCUACUUUACCCUGAGGGGCAUCUUUGCCACUAUUUUAAGCUAUAGCUCCAGGGAUAAAACUACUUCGGGGUCUGGACACCGCUUUAUAACUACACAGACAAGACGCUUGCUCUCGGAGCUGCCCACCCUUGUCUCAUAACCACGGCAUCUGCAUCAAAAUUGCUGGUGCUGGGAAGGCCCUCACCUGUAACUUACCUUUACAAGUACUCGCAGGUCUGUGAUGACUACAUCCCAGGUACAGGAGUAAGUGAUGACACCUGGUGGUGGAUCACUCUGGUGACGGGGCAGGAGGUGCCGGAAGUGUGUCGGUUAUUACUAAACUUACGAACACAUGUACGCACACCUUGCUCGCGCCUAUGGAUGCGUAGUGUCAAGUAAAUAUUCUCUACUGGGAUUUAUAUCGCUGGUUAUCAUCGGCAUCAACACGUGUCUAAGCGGUUCUACGGUGUUUUUAAAUCGAGAGAAGACAAUGGCAUGUCCAACAGCCUGAACUACGAUUUGUUUAGGAGUUACAUUUUGUGUGUUGGGAUAAAGAGGGAUGCCCUCUGGGGAUUUUAUGCUUGAUGGUCAGGUUAAAUUAAUUUGUUUUCAUGUAUUAUUGCAGAGAAAGCAAUGUAACCCGUUUGUCAGGGACUGGCGAUCCCUGGUCGCGGUAGUUCAAUAGUCCACUGGGAUCGUUUCUGGUGACAUUCAUUUGCUGGAACAGUUUGUGGCUGCAGGCAAAUAAGCGUGUGUAGUUAAACUACUUGAUGAUGUAUCGUGAUUGUGUGCUCUCAUUAUUUUUGUUGUGUUUCAAAUAGUGAGCAAAUAGCGAAAAUAGCCGACGGA